AUGUACCCCUUCUUCCAAGCUGUAACUCCUCCUGCUCCGCCCAGUUCUCCAAACAGUGAAGAGUAUUUGAAUGAAACAAAUGCUGUUCAUGCAGGGAAAAGUGGGAUCUCAUCACAGAUAAUUGUUGUCAUUGUUGUUCCAAUUGUUGUCUCCUUGUUGCUGAUCAUCAUAGGCUUCUGUUUCCUCGUCAGGAAAGCAAAGAAGAAGAACUACAACACCGUCAUGGAAGAAACUG